AUGUAUUCGCCAUUUCAGCGGCGCCGACAUUCAACCAACGGAGGGUGGACGAGAUCGAAGUGGAGGAGGGAACCGACGUUCAAGUUGACUGACUGCGCGGCGGACGGACAGCCGGCGCCAAAUUUCCGGUGGAUUAAAGAUGGGGUCACAUUGCGUAACGGCCGGAAGUACCACUCCGAGGGGAUUCAGCUGACGAUCCGGCGCGCCAUUCAGAGUGACGAGGGGCUGUACGAGUGUUUUGCCGAGAACACUCUGGGUUUCGCACGACAUGCUAUCCGCCUGCGAGUGACAACCGCCGUGGUCAGGCCUGGAGACCAGUUUGUCAACAACGCAAUACAGACGGCGACGGAACGUGUAAACGCCGCCAUAAAUAUCACCAGGAGCGAACUAUUCCAGCGCGGACGGACGCACAACGUCCAGGACCUAAUGACUUUGUUUCGAUAUCCCUCCGCGGAAUCACUGGAGCUUGCGCGCGCAGAAGAGAUAUUUGAGGAGACGCUGGAAUUGAUAUACAAACACGUUGCCGAGGGUCAUCAGUACAACCUCACCGGACAUGAGUUGUCUUACCAAGAGAUUGUCUCCCCCGCCCACCUGGCGCUUAUUGCCAACAUGUCUGGCUGCUUCCGGCGCACGUUCCCCCAGCGCUGCACGAACAUGUGCUUCCACAAGAAGUACCGCACCCUGGACGGCACGUGCAACAACCUGCAGUCUCCGAGCUGGGGCUCGUCCAACUCCGCGCUGCAGAGGCUGCUACCCCCGGAAUACGAGAAUGGCUUCAACUCACCCAAAGGUUGGACCCGAGGUCGUCUUUACCACGGCGUUCACCUGCCGAGUCCCCGCCUCGUGUCCUCAGUCAUCCUUUCCACCGAGUUGACCACCACCGACGAUCACGACACGCACAUGGUCAUGCAGUGGGGUCAGUUCGUUGACCACGACAUCGGUCUGACCCCGCAGUCCGUCAGCCAGCACGUCUUCAACGACGGGCGCCGCUGUAACGAGACCUGCACGAACAGCUACCCCUGCUUCCCCAUCCCCGUCCCAGCUAGCGAUCAGCGAGUUCAAGGUCAGUCGUGUCUGGGAUUCCACCGCAGCAGCGCAACCUGUAACACCGGAACUACCUCCAUAUUCUUCAAGACGUUUUCCCACCGUCAGCAAUUGAACGCUCUGACGUCAUACAUCGAUGGCAGCACGGUGUACGGAAGUGACGACAACAUGGCGGAGCGCUUGCGGGACCUCAACCACGAACACGGUCACCUGUUGGUGGGAUCGCUGUCCCAGCAGGGCAAGAGGCUCCUUCCGUACGACUUCCACGGAAUCCUAGGUGCUACUGACUGUCAGAUUGAGAGCAGUAAACGCUACAUUCCUUGCUUCCUGGCCGGCGAUUCGCGCGUUAAUGAGCAACUGGCGCUUACAGUCAUGCACACGCUUUGGAUGCGCGAGCAUAACCGGAUAGCAGACGAGUUGCGUGAAAUCAACCCGCACUGGGACGGAAACAUGCUGUACCAUGAGGCUCGUAAAAUUAUCGGCGGCAUGAUGCAGCAUAUUACAUACACCGCAUGGCUGCCAAGGAUUAUUGGACCUGAAGGUAUGAAAAUGCUAGGGGAGUACCAGGGAUACAACCCUACAGUAGACUCGUCGGUCACGAACGAGUUCACCACUGCUGCAAUGCGCUUCGGUCAUUCGUUGAUACAACCUAUCCUGUUCCGGUUGAACUCUUCCUUCCAGCAGGUACCGGAAGGCAACCUGCCGCUACAUCAUGCGUUCUUCACGCCUUGGCGCGUGGUGGAGGAAGGCGGUGUCGACCCAGUCCUCAGAGGGUUAUUCGCUCAGGGCGCCAAGAAGAAGAUGCCCAGUGAAAUCAUGAACAGCGAGCUCACAGAGAGGCUGUUUGCACUGGCCAACAAGAUUGGUCAGGAUCUCGCUUCACUGAACAUUCAACGAGGCCGAGAUCACGGUCUUCCAUCAUACACAGAAUACCGGAAGUUGUUUAAUCUCACCGUAGCAACGAGAUUCGAGGAGCUUAGAAACGAAAUCCAGGACCGCGAAACACGCGCUAACCUAGAGCUCAUAUAUGGCAACGUGGAGAAUAUCGACCUGUUUGUUGGUGGGAUGGCCGAGACAACCCUGCCCGGGGCCAAAGUGGGGCCAACGUUCAGACACAUACUCGUCGACCAGUUUCGGCGCCUCAGGGACGGAGAUAGAUUCUGGUAUGAGAACACAAUAGUGUUUAGCCCUGACCAGCUCGUCCAACUCAAGCAGUUUUCGCUGGCGCGCGUUAUCUGUGACAGCGGCGAUGACGUCACGCAUGUUCAGCGUGACGUAUUUACUAUGGUGAAGUCACGUGAUGAGUACCUGCCGUGCCGGAAUAUACCGCAGAUCGAUCUCAAGAUGUGGAGCGACUGCUGCAUGGAUUGUGGAAAAGCAGGGGAUUUCCGGUCAAUUACGAAUCACUUCCGGCGACGCCGUGACUCCACCAGAUUCUCGUAUCAGAGUGACAAACCGGAAAGUGAAAACAAGACAGUGACGUCACUGGGCGACUUCCGGUCGAGCGUGUACAGCAAACAUGAGGUGGACACUCAGAUGCAGGAAAUGAAACUGCGCAUGCGUGAAAUGGAGACGCUUGUAGAUGACAUGGAGCACGCUAUGAAAAAAAUGAAGAAAAAUAUGGCGACGAUGAUGUCGCACGCUGCCAAGGAGAUGUUCUGUAUGGAAGACAGCGGCGAGAAGCGCAUGCACGGGGAUAAGUGGUCGCGGGAUGACUGCACCGUGUGUCGCUGCAAGAUGGGAAAGACUCGAUGCAAGACCGUACCCUGCCCGACCCCUAACUGCCCGUUCCCCAAGAAAAUGCCGGGGCAGUGCUGUAUGGUCUGCUGACGAUAGCAAGCCGCGUAGGGAUCUCAUUAAACAUUGUGUUACAAGGCCUUCAGCGCGUGUAGUACUGUCUUUGUAUUACCUUAUUUGGUAGAUCGACUUUCAAAGUCAUGUGACUGACAGUUACUGAUCUAAUAUGUGGAUUUUUACUGUACUGUUCUGUUCUUUUUUUAUUUCACUGCCAAAGUAUUACGUGUUACGUAAAUGGAAAAAGGUAAAUUUAUAUGAAGUGCAUUAUCGUCGCUGCAUCCAAAGGGCUGCACGGGAUCAUGUGCCAACAAGAACCAGAGAUUUACGGUGGAUGCAGUUCUGGUACAAAUGUGAUUUGUAAUUUUACUGUUAAAAACACGACUACAAAAUGAAUUGUAAUCGUUUCCCGCGAUCCAAAGUGUUGUGUUGCAUUAAUAUAUUUAUUCAAUGAUGUUGAUGAUUUUUCACGUUUUGCAAUGCAGUUUUAAUUAACCAAUCAACACAUAACAUGUGACUUUAAACGUGUUUCUUCUUUUUACACGUGCUUGUCCCGUAGAUGCCAUACUCUGGAAAUGUUUUAAGUCGUUUUCGAUUUAAUUCCGACCAAAGACCAACAUGUCAAUGAAACCGUUAGUAGAAUGCAACUUCAAGAUACCUCGUUUAACCAUUCCAGUGCUGGAACCGAAGGCCUUUGCAAACAGUUUGGAUCCAGAUGAGACGCCACAGAACGUGGCGUCUCAUCAGGAUCCAAACUGUUUGCUAUUCUGAUAGUAUUUGUUGAAAAAAAUCUAAGAAAAUGCUAAUUUUAGAAAUUCAGCAGACAACAUUUUAGCAAACGACAAAUUUCCCAGCAUGCAAAGGGUUAACAUGCGAACAUCGUUCUUGGAAAACUGGGUUUAAUGAAUGUGUCUAACGUAUCGUCCCAGAUGUGCAGUCCGCUGAGGCUAAUCAUGGGGAAUAGAAGCAAGUAGUCUAUUAUACGCGAAAAUCCAGUUUAGGGUGAAAAAGUCGUCCCUGACUAGCCAGUGUGAACUGCACAAGCUUAUCUGGGACGACACUUAACGCACAUGCAUUAAGCCCAGUUUCCCCAGAACUUGGAUAUUAAUUCCCAGUUGUAGAUGGUUUAUGUUAAGACUAAAAUAUAACAAUAUAUAUCCUUGAUUUGUAUUGCACAUAUAAUGCUUGGUCUAUACUUUAAUUUAUUCUUUAGCAUGCAUCUCUCUUUUUCAGCUCACCUUAGCACACCAUGAGAACAUUGUUUCUCAUUGAUAUCUCUGAAAAUCUCUGAAAAUCUUGAAGCUAAGUCGCGGCGAGAAAAAACAAAACUGUCUCAAUUCUUAAUCAAAGAAAAAGCUCUUGAGCACUCCAAAGGCAACAGGUUUUUACCAAUCGUCAUCAAUCAGAACACUUAUCCCAAUGAACUCUCGGCCUAGUUCAACACUGAGUCACAUGGGGUCAAAAACUCGGCCAUAAGGUCAAAUUAAACAAGAAGCCGCAUUUCUUGUCAAAACUUCAAUUUUUAUUUCUAAGAAAUGAUAUCUAAAAAUUCGAAACUGGGUCUUUUGGGAUCAGAAACUUUUUCACUACGUUGAAUUAACCCAUUUAUGCCCAGCGUCUAAAAAAGGGCCUUGGCAAACAGCGUAGACCCAGAUGAGACGCCGCGGCGUCUCAUCAGGGUCUUCGCUGUUUGCUUUAAGGAAUUUCUGUAAGAAAUACUCUAAAUAUAGAAACAAGUAUACUAGCCAUCCCUAAUUUUGGAAAUAAAUUGAUCCAAUUUGAAAGGAUGGGAGAGUCCACUAGGCAUAAAUGGGUUAAAGAAAAACAUUGUGAACGUUCUUGAUGGCAUAUUUAUUUGUAUCUACGACGAGUGAGAUAUGGUUCCUGCUGAGUGAGAAAACAUGGGUCAGUUUUUCUUUUCUGACUAAAGCAAAACACCUCUAAUACUCUAGAAGUCAGCAUUAAGCUUGCUAAAAACGUAAAACAAUUUUGUUGGUAUGAUAUCUUGAUUGAGUUUUCGAACAUUUUUGCGGACACGUGUUGGGGAAAUUUGUCUGAAAAGUAUAUUGUGCAACCGUCUAAGCCGUAACAGUUUCGUUUCUUGCGGUUUAAGGUGAGCGCCUUAUGACAUGUGAUGCUCUUGUUUAUAAAGCAACAGUUUGCGUAACAUGAAGUGUGUACAAAAUAUUGAUUCAUAUCUCAUUUUUGCAUGUUCGGCCAGUAGUUAUAUUCCACGUGUAAAUCAUGCAUAAUUGUGUUUCAUUCUUGACACAGACAUUGUAUUUCAAAUGUUCAUGACGAAUGUAUUUUGUUUAGUUAUUUUGUAUAGUUUUCCCUGCGUUGUGUAUGUUUAUAUAUGUAGAUUAGUAGUGUAUGAAUGCAAGUUGAUUAAUAUACGCUUUGAGAAUAAAUGUUUGACGUAAUAAAAAUGAUAACACACAA